GGGCCGUUUCUCGGACAUGUUCCUUCCCGAGUUGAGGAAGUGAAGACGGUUUUCUGUUCGAGUUGUACAACAGUCAGACUGAAGCUACAAUGGAGACAAACCUCUUCAGGGACUCGUUGCAGCCUCCGAAAUGACGCUUUCACGAUGUUUUUCAUUGCGCUGUGCUUCCAGUUCGUCGUCCUAGUGCUGUCUGAGGCGCCGCCCACACCGCCACAGAACGUCCAUGUUAAUAAGUGGCAGCUGACAUGGACCCCCGCCACCGAGGAGAGAAACAUCACCUACACCGUUCAGUACAGCAGCUUCGACAGCGAUGAGUGGAUAAACGUUACAGCCUGCGUGCAGAUACCUUCAAAUUCGUGUGAUGUCGCGGUUACCAAAGCGACGGAUGAGCAGGGCUGUGUGAUGCUGCGGGUGCGAGCAGAGCGACAUGGGCUGAACUCCGCCCAGGUGGAGGCCUGUAGCACGCAUGGUGACUCGUGUACUCCUGAAUUCAGCCUGACUCCGCAGCCCGGUUCCCUGACUGUGCAUCUGAGCAGGAACCACAGUCUGGCUCAGGAAUACCAAGACCACGCCAAACACAGGGUUUUCUACGGCAAAGAGGGAGAGCCGCUGGAGCACUAUGAGGACAAUGUCUCCUCAGUGUCCUUGCGUGGUCUGCAGGAGGGACAGCGUUACUGCACCAAGGUGCAGUACAUUCACUUCAGCGAACCCGUCGGCCUGCCCAGCUGUACCCGCUGUGUGCUCGUCCCUGAGUCAAAAAAAGACUCGAAGCAGGCGGAGAUCGUGGUGUCGGCGGUGGUCGUCCUUGUUGUGGUCGUGCUGACGCCUGUCUUGGCGUAUGUCCUCCUCUUCCAGCGUGGAAGAAUCAAGAGGUGGCUGCAGCCUCCGUGCAAGAUCCCACGCGAUUUCCUCCUGGAGCCGAUUCCUGAGCAGUGCCAUCCCAUCAGCCCCACUGAGGAGCACUAUGACAUAAUUUCCUCUGUAACCGUGGGGUAGGAAGCAGCUGCGCUCCGCCUGCACCUCCUGCGUGGGGAUCGGAGGUGACGACUGAAGCCACUCUGCAGCCCGCUGCUCUGAUUCCUCCACAGAUCUGUCAGCUGGAGACCGACAGAUAAGUGAUUUACAGCAAAAACACGUUUUCACCGCAAGAGAGAAAAGGGAAGUGAAAAGAGAAAAUGAAAAGACCAGAUCACUCGAGUUAAUAAGCUCCACACUUAUUAACCCCCCCUCUCAUUUCCCUCUAAUAUGGCUGUGAAUUACAGUCGCAGUGCAUGUUGCGGUUUUAACAGGAGACUGUGUGUGUGCCAAACUGAGCGUGCUCGGUGGCGUCUUCGCACCUUUUUAUGUGAAAUACUUCAGGAGAAGAAGUGGACUACUUGACACUAGUUUUAGGGAAGAGCGCCACGGGUUCCCCCUUUGAGCCGAGACCACUGCUGGUUUCUACAAACAGAAUUUUUAUGUGCUACUUUAGCUUAUUAUCGCUUCAUUUCUUUGCACUUUUUUAAAUCCCAGUCCCAACUUGUGCUUUUAUAGGCAUUAAUGACCCAGAUCAGCAGCAGUGUGGAACACUCACAGCAUUAACUGGGUCAAAAAGCAACCUGCAAACGCACAGGUGUAAUCUACCUGAAGACAGCAGCCUUUCAUGGCUCUGAGGAUUCAGCCUCCAAGCCCUUAAAUGUAGAAAAGAUCCUUCAAAGUGACUCAUUUGUUGUAAUCGGCUCUUAUGAAUCAAUCGAUAAGCAGAGAAGUGAGCUUUCACCUGUGUGUGAGUGACAUCUUUCUACCAAUCAGAUCUUCAUUUUGCACUCUGACACCUUGGACUGUUUUUCAGCUUGUAAAACUUGUAUUUUCUGCUAACAGUCCCACCGGUCGGGACUUUGACUGUUCCUGUGUUCCUUUGUUGAGCCUCACCAUGAUUUCUUAAACUUUCUAUGUACAUUAGUUGUAAGUUGAACGGUUUUGUCCAGAAAUCCUGCAGUGUGACUUCUUCAGGUCUGAUACUGAGUCACAAUAAAAGACUAACGGGAAGACGGUCAGCUUCGUGAUUGGUGCUCCCACACGAGGACGCUGUAGGUCAGCUGACUGCGUCACCCAUCAGUCGUGUCCUUUGUAGACAUCGAAAUGGUCAGUUCACCUAAAUCACAACAUAUUUCCUUAUUUCAGGUGUCUAACCCUGCAGAGAGUUUGGUUUUAAAUGUCCUCUUAAAUUCAUCUGACUCCUGUUAAUAAUCCACCCCAUCAGCCAGUUUUAACACGGCGCUCUGUGUGUUCACAGUGGGGUCUGUGGACAAAUUAACUGGGACAUUUUCUAUGGAGACGCAUCACAGAUGACGUUUUUUUUAAUGACAAUGUUUUAAUGGAUUGAGCACCACAACCAAAAGCUCUGAAACAUCUCAAACUGAGGCCUAAUAAAAGCUAAACUCUCCGCAGGGAUAGAAAACAUGCAAACCAGACACCAGAGAGAAACUGCAGCGGUUAAAAUCACAUUAGUUGUUCUUGUGAUCGCAGUAAAUGAAAAUGUCAGCUCUUAUGUUCAUGUUAAAUCAAGACAAUUUUUAAUACGCGUCUUCCAGAGGUUGUAGCAGCUGCACCUGCGCAGACGACAUGCUGGUUUCAUAUGAAAAGACUCACUUUAUUAGGGGUUCAUGUUGGUUUUACAGGUGUCGGUAAAAUAAGGCAGUUUAAAGUGGAAAUAAUCAGUGUGGGAAAAUUUUGUUUGUUUUCAGUGAUGGUGGAAUAAGACAUCCCUUUAUUGAUUUUUUUUUUUUUUUUGGUUAAUUUUGUGGCAAAAAAUUGUUUUUAACGCUGCACUUUUGAAUAUUUUGUAUUAUCAAUUGAUUAAAUGUGUAACGUUUGAUCACUAAUGGGGUGAUAAUGUGUCAGAACUGUGUUCACAGCUUGUUUCGCUGCUGUAAGUGGCCAAAUAUAAUGAAAUAAAUCAGCUCUAAUGCAGCUUUAAACGCCAACGU